AUGACCAAUGACUGCCACCACCAAAGCCCUCAGGCCACAGAGCCUGCCCGCUCCAGAGGAUAUAGGCAGAUUUCGGUUCAGGAAGAAGGGAGCCUCAACCCUGCAGUGUGCCAGCAGAGCCUUCUGGAGAGGGAUGACUGCACUAGGCAAGGAGGGCCGCAGCCUCCGGAGCCCCGUGCCCAGGGCCGCAGCCUCCCGGGCCCCGUGCGCAGGGCCGCAGCCUCCGGAGCCCCGUGCGCAGGGCCGCAGCCUCCCGGGCCCCGUGCGCAGGGCCGCAGCCUCCCGGGCCCCGUGCGCAGGGCCGCAGCCUCCCGGGUCCGUGCGCAGGGCGCCAGCCUCCCGGGCCCCGUGCGCAGGGCGCAGCCUUCCCGGGCCCCGUGCGCUAGGGCCGCAGCUCCCGGGCCCCGUGCGCAGGGCCGCAGCCUCCCGGGCCCGUGCGCAGGUCCGCAGCUCCGGAGCCCAGUGCGCAGGGCCGAAGCCUCCCGGGCCCCGUGCGCAGGGCCGCAGCCUCCCGUGGCCCCGUGCGCAGGGCCGCAGCCCUCCCGGGCCCGUGCACUCGCAUCCCCGGGCGCGAAGCCCGUCUCGCUUCAGUCGGCCCGGCCCGGCGGGGCGAGCCCCAUUCCUGCGGCGGCCGCCGAUGCCGCUGGGGCGGGCGGGCGGGGGCGCACCCCGCGGGCCGCAGGGCGCCCAGGCCGCCGCUCCCCGGGCCGGGCGCGCGCCGCCGUCCUUCCUGGGGGAGCAGGGCCGCCCCCGGGGCCGCCCCGCCCCGCCCCGCCCCUCCGCCCGGUUUCGAUUCUCGGCGGGAGCCCCUCCCCCGGCCCGCGGCCGCCCGGCUCCCGGGGCUGCAUGGCGGGCGCAGGGGUGCCGAGCGGGACGCGCGGGGGGCCCGGCCCCGCGCAGCGCGACGACCCGAGCGGCUGGCACUGCCCGGAGCACGGCGACCGCGUGGCCGAGCUCUUCUGUCGCCGCUGCCGCCGCUGCGUGUGCGCGCUCUGCCCGGUGCUCGGCGCGCACCGCGGCCACCAGGUGGUCCUGGCGCGGGAAGAGGCGGCCCACGUGCAGAAACUCACCCAAGAAUGUUUAAAGCAGUUGGAAGCCAAGCAGCAGCAGCAAGUUGGCAACAUAACCCAAAUAGAAGACGCUGCUGAGAAGCUCAAGGCUCAUGCAGAGUCAAGUAAAACCUGGCUGAUGGGAAAAUUCACUGAACUCAGAUUACUACUUGAUGAAGAGGAAGUGCUGGCCAAGACAUUUAUUGAUAAAAGCACACAGCUUACCCUGCGGGCGUACAGGGAGCAAAUAGAAUCUUGUAAAGAACAGAUAGAUGGCAUGCACAGUCUCUCCAGCAGGGUCUGGAGGAUCAACCAGGAGCCCGAUCCCAUGCUGCUGCUGCAGGAGUACCGGGCCGCUGAGCAGGAGAUCCAGCAGCAGAUGAGCCUGGGAGAGCUGUGCUACCCCGUGCCCUUCUCCUUCGAGCCCGUCAAGAGCUUCUUUAAGGGCUUCAUGGACGCCGUGCAGAGCCUGUUACAGACGCCGCUGGACAUUCGCCUUAAGGACAACAUGAACUGCCAGCUCUCGGGCUCCUCCAGCACCAAACUAGUUUCCUUGUUGAAAACAAGCCCCUCACCAGAGCGAUCACUCUUCUUAAAAUAUGCGCGCACGCCCACGCUGGAGCCGGACACGAUGCACGCGCGCCUGCGCCUCUCCGCCGACCGCCUGACGGUGCGCUGUGCCCUGGUGGGCCGCCUGGGCCCCGCGCCCGCGCUGCGCUUUGACAAGCUGUGGCAGGUGCUGGGUCGCGACUGCUACGCCGCCGGCCGCCACUACUGGGAGGUGGACGUGCAGGAGGCGGGCGUGGGCUGGUGGGUGGGCGCGGCCUACGCGUCCCUGCGGCGCUGCGGGGCCUCGGCCGCCGCCCGCCUGGGCUGCAACCGGCAGUCCUGGUGCCUCAAGCGCUACGACCUCGAGUACUGGGCCUUCCACGACGGCCAGCGCAGCCGCCUGCGGCCCCGCGACGACCCCGACCGGCUCGGCGUCUUCCUGGAUUACGAAGCCGGCGUCCUCGCCUUCUACGACGUGUCGGGAGGCAUGAGCCACCUGCACACCUUCCGGGCCAGCUUCCAGGAGCCGCUCUACCCGGCCCUGCGGCUGUGGGAGGGGGCCAUCAGCAUCUCCCGGCUGCCCUAGGGGUGCGCAGGGGUGCGCCAGGCCUGCCCGGCUCUGGUCGCACCGGCCCCGUGUGGCUGGGCUACCGCCGCACCGCGUCCUCGGACCUCCCCACCGCCACCGGGGCACUUAGACCACCUUGCAUUUACGGUCCGGGUGCCACCAAGGGAGCCCUAAGCAUCCUGACCAUGUCAGAAUGCAUUUCCCCUCAGCCACAGACCUCUCCCUCCGACAGCAGUCAGCAAUGCCUGGCACUUAGUAGGCACGCAAUAAAUAGGAGAAUGAAUCAGAGUCCUCCAACGCGUCCUCCCUAAUGUCCCUUUGAGCUGCCUCCUCUUCCACUCUGCCUCAGCUUGUCCAUGUCACUUCGCUCCAGAGCAGCCGCAAGAGCAUCUUAACACCUUGUGGCCUGAACUCUCUCCCAUCCUCCACUGUACAGUGAUAUGACUGAAACCUCAUUUAACCUUUUAGAACUACCAGGAGGAGGUUCCCAAGGAUCCCAGGAAGAAAAAAAGCAGGCACUUUACGUUAGCGUUCAAGGGUUUUCUGGUCUGCCCCCAAACUCCUAAUGCCUAUCUAGCUUCUGCUCUUUUCAGAGACCCUUUUUCAGAGUUGUGACCACCCGUACAUUCUGCUACUGUCCUCCCCUCUUGCCCCAUACACAACUCAUUUAUAUAGAAAGUCCCUUCUUCCUUUGCUGUCUCAGCCUUCCCCUGGCUUAACCGCCUCAGGAAGUCUCCCCAAGCCACAAGAACCUCUCUAUCAGCACCACAAAUCUGGAACCUGGCUUUCCAACUAGAUUGGAAGCUUUCCAAAGGCAGCUAUGUCCUAUGCCUUCUCCACCCUGGAAAGUUCAGGAUUCCCCUUUCCCUCCCAGUGAGUGACCAGCAGCUGGCUAUCACUGAAUCAAAGAACCGCUGAGCUGAGAAGUCCUCAUGAAUCAGUCUGACCUCAUUGUACAUUUGGGGAGACUCGGGUCCUGAAAGUUGCUUAAGGUUACCCCCAAACCCCAAAGCAAGUGUCUUACUUGCCUCCUGUCCCAGCUCUUCAGGCCCAGCUUUCAAUGUGGGAGAUUUUACUGCUUACUCAUUUCUCAGGGGAUGUUGGAAAGAAAUCAGCAGGUGGCCGGCCGUUGCUUAGCAACCUCAGGCAAUUUUCCCGACUGUCUUGGAACCAAAAGAAGAGGAGAUGAGAGUAAGGUUUGGACAGCCCAGACAUCCCCAUGCCCCUCCAAUCCCUCAGUUCCAGGUGUUGCCAAGGGAACCCCAUUUUCCAGAAAGAAAUGACAGAAAUAGAGAAGGCCAAAUCAGCAGGACCUCGCAGGCCAGCUCCUUCCCAGGAAGGGAAAGGCCUCUUUUGGGGGACCUGUGACUCAGCUCUAAAGAUUUAGCAUCAUUACUUGUCAAAUUUUCUAAGACGGUUUUGAAACCAUACUAUGUUAAAGUAUCUUCUUAAGUGGUCAGCAAGAGGGCAGGGGAGGGUAAAGAAAAUGCAAAGCUGAAAUCCACUCAUGGUUUCAGGGCAUUAAUUAGUUUGAACCACGUAAAACUGCCAAUUUCCAAUAGUUUCCUGACUUAAUGCCACUUCAUACAGGGCAAUGUAAUACAAGUGACAUACAAGGCAGAAGGAACCUUAAGGGUGCCUUUAAUUCUAACCAAAUCACUUAAAACUCUAGCUGGAUAGAAAGCAUAGUGUCUAAGCACAUUGCUCCAAGAAAUCCUGAAAAAGGGAGAAUUAAUUCUACUGGGGAUGACCCAGAGCUGAAUUCUGAUGGGGUACUCCUGACAGAAGAUGGCUACACUUGACCCUACGUCUUUGCAAACAAAGACUGACUUCCAGACUCUGGCACUGUCCUAACGCUUUACAGCUAUUAACUCAUUUGGUCCUUACAUCAUCCCUGGGAGGCAGAAAGUUAUCCCAGUUCUGCACGAGGCAAAAUUGAGAUACAGAGUAGCUCGCCCAAGGUCACACAGCCAGUGGUGGACUUGGGGUUGUGCUCAUGUCCAGCAGGCCAUACUGUUCAGGUGAACACACUAGUCUGUGGCUAGUGCCUGCUUGCUCCUGUUAGGCCUGUGAUGCUUGGCUUUGGCCUACUGUGUUUACCUUUGGAUUACUUUCCUAGGGCAGAGAUGAGGCGCAGGGAGGAACUUGAGUUUGGAAUUCAUGUAUCAGAGACAGAGCUAGACUAUAAAAGACAAAAACUGGCUUUGAGCAAAUACUUACUCUGUAAUGAGACCUGUGCUAGCCAGAAAACUGCAGUUUCGGUACAUAAUCAUGUGACCUCAGGCUAGUCAUUUUACUUCUCAGAGAGUCAUCUGUAAAAUGGGGGUGAUGACCCUGCCUACUAGUGUUGAGAGGCUCAAAUGAGCCAACGGUUAUGAACUUGCUUUAAAAACCAUAUAGUACUGUACCAUGCCAGGACCCACUGGCAUCUCCAGCAGAAUUCCUGUUGUGCCUGACAGAGCGCUGGGACAAGAGAUAUUCCCAGCAGCCAGCCUGCAGUAGCAGGAACCUCCUUCUGGAAUAUUCUUAAUGCAAGACUUAAGUUUCCUUGAGGUCUGUAACUAUAAAAAUCACUCACCUAAUUCUCCUUCAGAUUGAUACUUGGAGAAAUUUCUUAAUACACCAAACUGCUUGCAUAUAUUUUUAAGUCACAUUAAUUUUAUAAUAUGUGGUUUGUUUUAAUAAAUAUGAAUACUGUACCUUUUAA